CUUUAUGAAACGCGCGUUAAAUUUCGCGGGAAUAUUGAAGUUUCCGUGAACGCUGUUUUGCGCUACUGGAUUUGUCUAGAAAUAUAUUUGUAUUUAGUAUAAUCUUGCGAAAUAAAAUGCCCGGCACGGCAGUGGAAAUCUCAAACCCGCGUUACACGGAGGUUGAAAAUGACAAAGCAAAUGCUGAGGGAGAGAAAAGGCUCUUCUCUCUCUUUUGUGACGAGCGCGGUUAUUUGAAUCAGAUCGAGUAUAUUCUGCAGAACGGUGUAAGGAAAGGAGACCGAACCGGGACGGGGGUGAUUUCUGUGUUCGGAUCACAGGCGAGGUACAGUCUCAGAGAUCAGUUUCCAUUGCUGACAACCAAAAGGGUUUUCUGGAAAGGCAUACUGGAGGAGCUGCUGUGGUUUAUUAAGGGUUCAACGAAUGCUAAGGAUCUGUCCGAGAAGGGUGUGAGAAUCUGGGACGCCAAUGGCUCCAGGGAAUUUCUGGAUAAGAAUGGCUUCAUGGAUCGGGAAGAAGGAGAUCUGGGACCAGUUUAUGGUUUCCAAUGGAGACACUUUGGAGCCGAAUACAAGGACAUGCAUACUGAUUACUCUGAACAAGGUGUUGACCAGUUACAGAAGGUGAUUGACACCAUCAAGUCAAACCCAGAGGACCGGAGGAUCAUCAUGUGUGCCUGGAACCCGAAAGAUCUCCCUCUGAUGGCAUUGCCACCCUGCCAUGCAUUAUGCCAGUUUUACGUAUCAGAGGGUGAGCUGUCAUGCCAGCUAUACCAGCGCUCUGGAGACAUGGGUCUGGGUGUGCCUUUCAACAUCGCCAGCUACGCCCUCCUGACCUAUAUGAUCGCCCACAUCACUGGACUCAAGCCAGGAGAUUUUGUGCACACAUUAGGUGACGCCCACAUCUACGUAAAUCACAUUGAGCCUUUGAAAGAGCAGCUUCAGCGAGACCCACGGCCUUUCCCCAAACUCAAGAUCCGACGCAGAGUCGAAAAAAUCGAUGAUUUCUGUGCAGAGGAUUUUGAGAUAUGCGACUAUAAGCCGCAUCCAACAAUCAAAAUGCAAAUGGCUGUUUAGACCUCACAACUACCUGAGUGACCUCAACUCUACAAUUUAAUAAGCUUUUGAAGAACUGAAAAAUCUUUUGUAACACGUUAAUUCGUUAACAUUAGUUAAUGCAUUAGGUAUCAUGAAUUUGCAAUGAUUUUUGCAGCAUUUAUUGAUCUUUGUUAAUGUUAUUUGAUCAAAAUACUAUUGUUCAUUUUUAUUCAUGUUCAUAUUAGAUUAAUAUUAAUGGAAAAGUGUAUUAGUAUAUAUAGAAAUUAACAAUUACCAAGAUUAUUUAGUGCUGUAAAAGUAUUGUUCAUUGUUAGUUCAUGUUAAUAAUUUUAACGAAUACAAUCUUAUUGUAAAGUGUUUCCAAAGCGUUCAUAUUUCUCACCAUUUGUGCAUUUGUAUAUUUUAUGAUCUCCAUAAAUAAAUUACACUGGCAGCCAAAAGUUUGGAAUAAUGUACAGAUUUUGCUCUUAUGGAAAGAAAUUGGUACUUUUAUUCACCAAAGUGGCAUUCAGCUGAUCACAAUGUAUAGUCAGAACAUUAAUAACGUGAAAAAUUACUAUUACAAUUUGAAAAAACAUUUCACCCCACACUUCCUGUAGCACUUGCCAUAGAUGUGGCUGUCUUGUCGGGCACUUCUCACGCACCUUACAGUCUAACUGAUCCCACAAAAGCUCAAUGGGGUUAAGAUCCAUAACACUCUUUUCCAAUUAUCUGUUGUCCAAUGUCUGUGUUUCUUUGCCCCCUCUAACCAUUUAUUUUUAUUUUUCUGUUUCAAAAGUGUCUUUUUCUUUGCAAUUCUUCCCAUAAGGCCUGCACCCCUGAGUCUUCUCUUUACUGUUGUACAUGAAACUGGUGUUGAGCGGGUAGAAUUCAAUGAAUCUGUCAGCUGAGGACAUGUGAGGUGUCUAUUUCUCAAACUAGAGACUCUGAUGUACUUAUCCUCUUGUUUAGUUGUACAUCUUCCUUCCACAUCUCUUUCUGUCCUUGUUAGAGCCAGUUGUUCUUUGUCUUUGAAGACUGUAGUGUACACCUUUGUAUGAAAUCUGCAGUUUUUUGGCAAUUUCAAGCAUUGUAUAGCCUUCAUUCCUCAAAACAAUGAUUGACUGAUGAGUUUCUAGAGAAAGCUGUUUCUUUUUUACCAUUUUUGACCUAAUAUUGACCUUAAGACAUGCCAGUCUAUUGCAUACUGUAGCAACUCAAAAACAAACACAAAGACAAUGUUAAGCUUCAUUUAAUGAAUCAAAUAGCUUUCAGCUGUGUUUGAUAUAAUGACAAGUGAUUUUCUAGUACCAAAUUAGCAAUUCAGCAUGAUUACUCAAGAAUAAGGUGUUGGAGUGAUGGCUGCUGGAAAUGGGGCCUGUCUAGAUUUGUUAAAAAAUGACUUUUUUUAAAUAGUGAUGGUGCUGUUUUUUUACAUCAGUAAUGUCCUGAAUAUACAUUGUGAUCAGCUGAAUGCCACUUAAAAUAAAGUUUUAAAUUAUGCUUA